CCUCCUCCCCUCACCCUCGUACAUAAACCCCACCAAAGUCCUUAAAACCAGUCUUCCUUCUCGUUCUUGUUUCUUCAUUGCUCUGCUCCCCCAACUUCCAAUUCGACCGCCCUGAGCUCAAUAACCCUAAAACCCUCCGCCCCUAGUCUCCCAUCGACGCCAUGGGAGACCCCAAGGCCGGCGAUCGGCCGGUCUUCCCCCUGCCGCCGGGCUCCCGGUUCUACCCCUCCGAGGACCAGCUGUUUGACGUCUACCUCGUCAACAAGAACACCAAUCCUAGCGGCGAGGACCCCUGCAAUGUGAUCAGAGAGCUCGACCUGUACAGGCACUUCCCCCCCGAGCUGCCCGACAGCGUCUGCUUCCCCUACGGCUGCGGCGGGAGGAAACGCCACUGGUACUGCUACACCGUCAGGGCCGCCUCGAGGGACCGCCGGAGCAGGAGGGUGAAGGGCGGGUUCUGGCGGAAGAGGGGGAGGGUGAGGGAUGUCACUGGCGGGAGGGGCAGGAAGGUGCUUCUGGGAACGAGGACCUGCUUCGUGUUUUACUCGGGAAAUUCUGCCAAGACUGCGAUUAGGACUGAUUGGAUCAUGUACGAGUAUGCUCUAGUCGAUCAUUUUAAGGCUUCUUUUGUUUUAUGUCGAGUAUUUGUAAAGGCUAAGAGAGGAAACGUGUCUGCUAAACUUAUGAGAUCUUGUGCCGACGAAAGUGGUUCGCAAGUACCUGGUCUCCACGAAGAGUUGGACAUUAACAAUUCUGUUGGCUGUAAGAAUAACAUAUCUAGAGGUCCGACGACAGUGGCUAGUGAACUGAACGAACAUGUCACACCUGGGCCAGUAUCAGAGGCGGAUUCUCGGUUCCAUAUGGACAGUCAACUGGGUGAACUGGUGAGGUCCCCUCGGCCUCCUGACUCAGGCCCGAUUAAUAUUGAUGCUGUGAGUGCCCAGAGGCUUAUAUCCAUCCUGGAGGAUGAUUUUAUCGAGUUGGAUGAUCUUAUCAGCCCAUUACUGGGCAUUGAUUGACCGUUCUUUCAAAAGCUUACAAACAAUUGAUUCGGAGAGAUAUGGAUACGCCUUAAUACACCUAGAAGGCCAUUGUAUUUACCAUCAAGAAGGGCUAAACCCAUUAAAAGAGAGCCUGCUGUAGAGUACUUGGAUGAAGUAGCAUAAGGUUCAGUCAUUCUGACAAAUAUCCUGGCUGGAUUAUUUGACCUGCAAAGGCUGUGCAGGUCUUUUCUGGGCCUAAUUGGAGGCCGGGAUUUUGGCGCGACAGCAUAUAUGUGGUGAAACGGCAACUGGUAGGACUGCAGAUUUAUGACUGUAGCUGCUUCAGCUGUAUUAGAUCAUUUUUCUAUUAUUCAUUCCUCCCUGAGGAGCCCCUGCCUCUCACAUCUGUGAAUAAGGUAGAAGUUUGUAUUUGUGUACACGUGAAAAUCUAAGAACAAUUCUGGAGGUUGUAGACUCCUAGUCAUUGACAGCUUGCCUCCAUCUCCUCCUCAAGGACGUCGGAGUCUUGAUAAAUUGUUAAGAUUCUUGUCAAAACUGUUGAUGAGUUUGGUAGUUUUCUCAUUUUUUAAUGUGGUGUCUGCUUUUUCUAA